CUUACCCUUAUGGCCUUAUCAUCAUCGUGAUAGCUUCCAGUACCCCACAUCCUCCAUCGUUGCGCUCAUCGAAUGUCGCCUCCCACAAGCUGCUGGUAGCUCGAAUCUGUAAUCCCCUUUUCUUCCACCAUCUACAAUUGUUUUAAUACAUCGAUUCCAACUUCUGGUGCUUCUCCAGCUGAUCGAUUCCAUCGUUGCAAUUGAUUCGGAGCCUGCAAACAAUUUCUGCAACAGGGAAGAUAGAAAAAAGAAAAGAUGGUGUUUGCAACAGCCAUAAGUUCAUGUCCACAUCUUCAUUUCCCAAAGAGACUUUCUGCAACUCAAAAAAAGAUCAGAUGUUGUUCAACUAUCUCAUCAUCAAUCUCUACCACCUUUGACCUUAAAACUUAUUGGUCAACUCUAAGAGAAGAAAUUAAUCAGAAGCUUGAUGAAGCUAUACCUGUCCAGUACCCUAAUCAAAUCUAUGAAUCCAUGCGUUACUCUGUUCUUGCAAAAGGAGCAAAAAGAGCACCGCCAGUUAUGUGUGUUGCCGCCUGUGAACUCCUUGGCGGCAACCGCCUUGCCGCCUUCCCCACCGCCUGUGCCCUUGAAAUGGUCCACGCGGCCUCUCUAAUCCAUGACGACUUACCAUGCAUGGAUGACGAUCCUUCCCGCCGUGGUCAACCCUCAAACCACACUGUCUUCGGUAUGGACAUGGCAAUCCUGGCGGGAGACGCCCUAUUCCCGCUAGGGUUCCGCCACAUCGUCUCCCACACCCCCACAAACCUCGUCCCCCAAACCCAACUCCUCCACGUCAUCACCGAAAUCGCCCGAGCCGUGGGGUCCACUGGCAUGGCCGCGGGUCAAUUCGUUGACCUCGAGGGCCCACCAAACACUGUAGAAUUCAUCCACGAAAAGAAAUACGGUGAGAUGGGCGAGUGCUCGGCGGUUUGUGGCGGUUUACUGGCGGGCGGUAAUGAUGAUGAGAUCCAACGGUUGAGAAGGUACGGGCGGGCGGUGGGGAUUUUGUAUCAAGUAGUGGAUGAUGUUUUGGAGGCGAAAAUGAAAGGGGAGGAGAAGACGGGGAAGAGUUAUGUGGCGGUUUAUGGUGUUGAUAGGGCGGUGGAAGUGGCGGAGGAGUUGCGGGUGGAGGCUAAGAGGGAGUUGGAGGGUUUUGAGAAGUAUGGUGACAAGGUUUUACCGUUAUAUAGUUUUGUAGAUUAUGCGGUUGAUAGAGGGUUUAGUUUUGCUUGAUAAGGUUUCAUUCUGUUAAAUUCUGUAAUCUUUGUCAUCUUUUAAAUAAGGACUCUAGUUGUCUUAUAUAGUUUAGUUUUGUUUGGAAAAGGAAAUAAAAAAGUAUUUUAGUCAAAACGAAUGUGUUGUAUUUGGAUUGCAUUGUGAUCUUUUUAUUUUACUUAAUGAUAAUAUAUGCAUAAAAGCA